AUGGCGUCCCAACCGACGCUGCUGCCGUCGCCAGUGGCCAGGGCACUCGGCGCGGCCACGAUAGCAAGUGAUGAGGAUUCUCCUGCUAUAAUAUUUCCACUCGAACGCAACAUCAGAAUCUCCCAGUUCCCUUCCCCUCUCCCUAGUCCCCUCAUCUCGUACCGACCGGCCUAUACGACCCUCGAGGACGGCUCGCUCCUCACUUCCGUCUACAAAGCAGACCUCUAUUCGGCCAACUCACGUCUCUUUGGCAUUGGCGCCCUUCUCACCCUCGGGGCAAUCAACGUUUGGACCUGUGUCUCGUUUAUUCGCAGGGGUAAAGUCAAAGACAAGACGCUCUUUUAUCUCCUGUUGGCCAGCCAGCUCCUCCUUCCCGUUUGCUUUUUCGCCCUCCUCUCCCCCUUUUUUCUCAGCAAUGUCAAUUGCACCAUCGUCAACACAGUCGCCGUCAUUGCGACCGAAGCAUCUUAUGCGAUAUUGAUAUCGGGAAUCCUGGGUCUCAAGGCCUAUCGGUGCCUCAGCAAAUCCAAAUUCAUCCUCGUCGUCGUUUGGGUCCUCCAGAGCGCCGUCUUUGUUCUGUUCGCUUUCGAUAUUCGGGGCAUAGAUUCGCCGCGCCGGAUCAGUGGAAGCUGCAGUACAGAUGGAAAGCUCAAGUUCAUGCCGAUUGCCCUCAUACUCACCGUCGUCGAGACUCUUUUCCUUGGUCUAUGUUUUCUCUACGCCGUGUGGAAAUCAUCGCUCUAUCCUGCCGCACAAGGCCGUCUCUCCAUUGCCAUUUCCGAGAAACCACCGACCAUACGAGACGAGGACGUCCACGAUCCAGUCGGCAACCCCAACACAUUUGCAGCCACACGUCAACGUGGCUGGUGGGACUAUGUGCCCCGAGCCCCUCCCUCGGACACGGGUUCGGUGCGCGCAGCACCCGUGCGUACUUCGGACGAUUCGCUCGUCAAGCGGCUACGAAAUUCGGUCAUGAGGCUUACGACGAGCAUGGACCUUGCGUCGGGGCCUGGCUUUCCACAACAGCAAGCGGCAUAUAACCGCAAGCCAUCGAUACCGACUGAAUACCCGAUAUCACAACCGCCACGCCCGCAGCAUACUUCUCGACCGUCCCAUGUGUUGAGCGAAAAGUCGCGAAUGAGCACGGUGGAGGAUGAGCGGCGUGGUACACUGGAUCCAUCGAGGAGGGGAGCUAGAAACUCGGAGAUUGCGCCAAGUGCGAGAACCACGAGUGUGAAGAGCAUUCUUUUUGCUCCAUCUGUCGCUGGUAUGACGGAUAGGAGCUCAAAGAUUGAUCCACUCCAGCCACUGCCGAGAAAGGAAGGUCAAGAGGAGGCUCCAAAGGAGAAUGAAUGGGACUCGAAGAAGCUUCCGACCGUCUUUCAGCUUCGAGCAGUCAUCAAGGAUGAGAUGAUCUACACGUUUAUCAUCAUGCUUUCUUGCAUGCUGUCUGCUGGACUCGCCAUCUUUCGAGCAAAGCAAAACGACGUCGUGUUUGGACCGUCUGUCUGGCUCGGUGCCAACUGGGCCGCCAUCUCGCUCCUCGUCAUGCGCUCCUUUUCCCGAGUUGUUCGGAGACACGAACGUGAUGCGAUCCUGCAGUCCCCGACGGCCUAUGGGUCCCCUAGUGAGUUUGUGACGGCGCUUGCCCGACGACGACGGGAUGCCCUGGCUCUCGCGGCUCGGACCGAAUCUUCAAUCUUUGCACCCCUGCCUGGCGACCCUGCCGAAUCGAAGCGGCGAAAGCUUGCUCGUCGUUCUUCGUGGGACCAUGCCACGAGCGACACCCGGGUGCGCCAUGGAUACACCCAGAGUCUCUUUGAAGACAAUGCGAGCCUUCGAAGACGCGAGGGACUGCGUGCAUGGGAUGAGGAAAAGGAGAGGCGGAAGCUUAGGGAGCUCGAGUCGGAGAAUCCGUUUGCGGAUUUUGAGGACAUUGCUGGCUUUGGAUACGAACAACGCAAGAGCGGCGAGGGACCUUUGGGUGUCGAAGAGCUGAUGCUCGACAACGACUCGAUUUACCGACGUGGAUUGCCGCUGCAGAAGCCGAUGACGGCUAGCCCCUGGACGGAAAGCCCGUUCACAUAUGUAGGCACCGGAAGCAAUCCGCCUGCCAGCUAUGAUGGCGAGAGGAGGCGGUCAAUCGGUCCGAUGUCAUCUCCUUUUGAUCCAGGGUAUAGCCUCGGCAGAAGACUGAGCGACGUUUCGCUCCCACCACCCGCAGCUAUUGCGGAACCCAACGAACGCGAACGACAGCGGUACCUUCAGCCCUCUCUCAACCCUAGUCCGACAUCUCCAACAGCCAAAGCCAGUGGUGGAAUAACGACCACUGUUGGAUUUAGCAGGAUCGGAAACGGGCUGGCGGGCACUCUCCCCGGAGGAGGUGUCCGUAGAGGUGCGAUUACGACCGAGUCUGUUCCUGUUGUCGCGGUGCCCACGCGUGCUGGUGCGCUUACGCCAGAGGGGACGCCGUCGCCUCCUCAAUCGCAUCAUGGCUCGUCGAUUGAAAUGUUGGAGCAACCACGGACAACAUGA